AUGGCUCACAUUCCUUCUCCAACUCUUCAAUACAGACAACAAGUGACUCGCAAGGGGGUCGUUUUUCUUGAAGUUCCAACACCAGUUUCUCCACGAUCGAAGAAGAGAUGUGCUAAAUACAUGGCCAAGCACAUUUCUACGAAACAAAAGAAACACAAGAAGCAAAUGAAGUUAGUGUUGCACGAAAAUUUAACAGAUGAUGAAGUGGUUCCUGAAAUGCCUAUUAAUGAGCCAAUGGGUCAUAAUUCACCAGUGACGGAUUCUACAGUUCAGUCGCAUUUCGAGGAGACUGUGAAUCUUGGUGACAAUGUGGCAGCUUCGAUAGUGGAGACAACCAUCAAUAAUGGUGAACAAUCCAAGCAAUCAACUCCUGAGCAGACACUAGUCAUACCACCCAAAGUUUCGAAUACUAAGUCAUUUCAUGAGGAGGUACGAACUUCAAACAUCACUGCAAACGUAUCUGAUAUGGGUGCAAAUGUUAAUAUGGGUGAAUGA